AUGGCGGCGUCCCUCGCCGCCGCCUCCGCCUCCGCCGCGCGCCUCGCCGCCGCCGACGAGGUGCCGGGGUCGGCGCGGCCUUGCUGCCCCGGGAGGCUCGCGGCGAGCUUCCCCUGCGCCGGGCGGCGCCGGCGCCCCGCCGCGGGCGUGCGGUGCGGAGGUGGGGGUUUGCCCGCGGCGGCGGCGGCGGAGGCGGAGGAAGGGGGCCGCUUCGUCGGCUGGUUCCGGGAGGCGUGGCCGUACAUCCGGGGCCACCGGGGCAGCACCUUCGUCGUCGUCAUCUCAGGGGAGGUCGUCGCCGGCCCGCACCUCGACGGCAUUCUGCAGGAUAUAUCCCUUCUUCAUGGUCUUGGGAUCAAAUUUGUUCUUGUUCCUGGAACACAUGUCCAGAUUGAUAAGCUUUUGGCUGAGAGAGGGAAGAAGGCUAAGUAUGCUGGUCGCUACCGUAUUACCGAUUCAGAUUCAUUAGAUGCUGCAAUGGAGGCAGCUGGUCGAAUACGGCUAACUAUAGAAGCGAAGCUGUCUCCUGGACCACCAAUGUUAAAUCUCCGUCGGCAUGGUGUUAAUGGCCGUUGGCACGAAAUCUCUGAUAAUGUUGCAAGUGGAAAUUUCCUUGGUGCUAAGAGGCGAGGGGUUGUUGGUGGCAUUGAUUAUGGAUUCACUGGUGAAGUUAAAAAAAUAGAUGUUUCACGGAUAAGAGAAAGGCUUGAUAGAGAUAGUAUAGUUGUUGUGAGCAACAUGGGGUACUCCAGCGCAGGAGAGGUCUUAAAUUGCAAUACCUAUGAAGUUGCUACAGCAUGCGCUUUAUCCAUAGAGGCAGACAAGCUUAUUUGCAUUGUUGAUGGCCAAAUAUUUGAUGAGCAUGGUCGAGUCAAUCGUUUUAUGUCUAUUGAAGAAGCAGAUAUGUUGAUCAGAACACGUGCUAAGCAGAGUGAAAUUGCUGCAAAUUAUGUGAAGGUUGUUGAUGAGGAGGACAUUAAUCAUGUCCGCUACCUCCCAAUGAAGCAUGAUACAGAACAUGGUUUGAAUGUAAGGGACCAUAUUAAUGGGUAUACUGUAUCUUUUCGGAAUGGUGUGGGUUUCAACAAUGGAAAUGGUCUGUCUGGUGAGCAAGGGUUUGCUAUUGGUGGGGAGGAGCGCUUGAGCAGGUCAAAUGGCUACCUUUCAGAGUUAGCAGCGGCAGCAUACGUAUGCCAUGGUGGUGUCCAAAGAGUGCAUAUCGUAGAUGGUACUGUUGGUGGAUCAUUGUUGCUGGAACUAUUCUCUAGAGAUGGUGUUGGAACGAUGAUAGCUAGGGAUAUGUAUGAAGGAACAAGAAUGGCAAGAGAGGAAGAUCUUUCUGGUAUUAGAAAGAUCAUUCGUCCUCUAGAAGAAUCCGGUGUCCUGGUGCGCCGAACAGAUAAAGAGCUUCUUGAAGCAUUGCCAUCAUUUAUUGUCGUGAAAAGAGAUGGCUCAAUCAUAGCGUGUGCUGCCCUCUUCCCUUUUCUUGAGGAUAAAUCUGGGGAAGUUGCUGCUAUUGCUGUAUCUGAAGAAUGUCGAGGUCAAGGUCAAGGAGACAAAUUACUUGAUUAUGUUGAGAAGAAAGCUUUAUCCCUUGGACUUGAGAAAAUAUUCUUGCUUACUACACGGACAGCAGAUUGGUUUGUUCGUCGCGGCUUCGAGGAGUGCUCGAUCGAGUGCCUGCCUUUGGUUAGGAGAAAAUGUAUCAACCUUUCGCGCGGGUCGAAAUACUACAUGAAGCGGCUCCAGGCAGCAGAGAUUGGGCAUAUGGCUGUCAACGGUUUUGCCACGAGAUGA